AUGGAUUCCUCCGAAGCUGGUUUGAAGGCAAGAGCUAUAGCUCAAGAUCCGCUGAAAGCGAAGGACUACGUACUCAAACCCAAUCGAGACGGCGGCGGCCACAAUAUUUAUCGCGCGGAGAUACCGGUGUGGCUGACGGCUCAGCCUGACAACUCUUGGCAAAACCAUGUCUUGAUGCGCUUGAUUGAACUACCUUCUACCAUUGGCACCCUCAUGACUGCCGAGGAUCUAUAUCGUGGAGAAGUCGUCUCUGAACUGGGAAUCCUCGGCACCUGUCUAUGGAAGCGGAACGAAAGCCAAGGUGCUGAGAUCAUCGCCAAUGAGGCCGCGGGAUGGACGUUCAAGAUGAAGCCGAAACACGUAGACGAGAUGAGCGUGGUAAAGGGUUACGGGUGUUUCGAUUAUCCCUGGCUAGUGGAGGUUUGA